UAUACACUCAGCAGUCAUGUAGAAGUACUUGUAGCUACUAGUUCUACGAUCUUAACUGUUGAUGUUAGAGAAUCUCAGGACCAGUUUCUUCAGCAAGGUCCUUUUACCAAGAUGGAUGUAUCUCCGAAUGGUAAACUUUUGGCUCUCUUUACUAAUGAAGGUAAACUUAUGGUUGUCUCCACCGAUUUUUCGAAGAACCUUUCAGAGUUUGCCACAAAAUCACAAGUACCACAUCAACAGCUG